CAUGUAUAUAUUAUCCCUCAUUAAGUCUGUGUAAAUCUGCUUGAAUAGGGCGAAUUGGAUUUUAGAAUUAUGACUAAAGCCUUAAACAUUAUAAAUGAUAAUUCACUGAAAUGACCUAGGUAUAUAUGAACUUGUCCAAAUACUUAAUUGAAGUAAAUGUGAUAUUGGGACAUACUAUCGGAACAUAUUAAGAAGAAGAAAAUGAAGUUAAAAGAGGUGAAGGAUUUUUCAAUGGCAUUGCAGAACUUAGACCCCACUAUCAGCGGAAGUCUAACAGAUGAUGAGGAUGGAGAUAAAAGAAACAGGGAACAUAGUAAUCUGGAAUUUAGGUCCGCAAGACUUCGACCAAUUUUGGAUUGUCGGAUGCCGACACUGGCGACAAAGACUGCCUUUCUAUUACCGGCUCUCGAUGACAUGUCCAAACUUCACAGAAGGUCUAUGGCAGUACAACAGCUUGAGACAAAUCCACCACGAAGUCUUGCAAAGCUACGACAUUCCAUAUCUUCUGAAAUAAAAGGACUUUCGAAAAAACUUUCACGUUUGGAGAGAAACUAUUAUGGCGUCGGUAAAAGCCUGCAAAAUGAAGUAGAAAAAAGUAUACUUCGAUUAAAAGGAGUUUUGCGCAUGUUAAACAUCAGCGAAUUUUCCUCAAAGGCGUCUCUAGAAAAAGCAAUCAAAGAUGGUUCUGAUGCAGAAAAAUAUAAAGGCGAUCCUAACAAUAUUUCUUUGAUAAAAGAAUUAUAUGGCAAAAUACAAACCUUUAUGCCAAGCAAAUUUACUGACUUGAUAGAAACGUGCACAAAUAUCAAAACACUGCUUGAAAAGUAUUGUGUAAGUUUCUAUGAUCCCGAAACAGAUCAUUACUUGGAAACGGCAGCUCAUUACCAACAACAGAUUGAAAUAUGGAUUGAAACAAUCAGUAAGAGUAUUACAAACAUUAAAAAGCUUCAGAAGAACUAUCAGGAUAUUAUGAUUCACCAUACUCAGUUCACUUCACCAGUAUUGACAUUUUGUCAAAAGAAUGAGUGCGAAAAUGUUCCAGUAGUUUUGCUUUUUGCAGACGGCUGUACAAAUAUAAAAGCUGUGAUGUCUGUUGCCAAUAAUUGGAUUCAGGCUGAUCAGAACUAUCCCGUAUUUCUACGCAAUGACAUAGACGAUUUAGAUCGUCAGCGAGAAGAAAAGGUUCGUUUACUGAGAGACGCGAAAACAAAAUAUCACACGCUGACCUAUAAAUUAAGCCAAUCAGAAAUAGAGUAUGACAAAGCAUUGACGGAAAUGGAAACAUGGAAAAACAAACAAGAGUCGAUGAAAGACGAAGCAGAUAAUCUUCGAACUCUCUCGAUUGAACUUCAGACAGAACUUGAAUUUAAAGAGUAUAGGAAGAAAGAAUUAAGGAAACGAGAAAGCGAAUAUUCGCAGGAAACUUAUAUUGAAACAUAUGAAAUGUUGACUGAUGAAAUUCAUUAUGCCAAGGAAAAAAUGCCACCAUUAAAAAGACAAUUAGCGGCAGUUCAAUAUAAGCUCGAAUGGAUGACACAGAAAGAAAAUCAGGUAAAAAGGAUGGGUAAAGACAUCAAAGAUAUGAAAAAGGAAUUGGUAGACAUCAGAGUGGACAGGGAAAGGAGAGAGGAAGAAUUUGAGCAUCUAGACAAGGCUCUAGAUUUAGCCAGACGAAUACAUCGAUACAAAACGAGCACUGACGUCACUGAAAAAAUCUUUUUCAGCCUUCCAAUUGGACAAAAGAAAGGAAAAGAUAAACUCGCAAAGGCUUGUGAAACUAUUAGUGAAUACAUAGAUCAAGAUUGGAUGUUGCUUUAUAGGCAAUUACCUUUUUAUCCAAAACGAGGUUCUCAUACUAUAGAAAAAGACAUUAGUGACAUCAACACUGAUGGUGCUCGUGGUCCUCUGGAGAACAAAGCAGUAGCAGCGCUAAAACGUUGGAGAAGACAUCACACACGAGCUAAAAAGGCUGACUUAGUGGAUGCGCUGAAAAAGAUCCGUAGACAUGAUAUUUUAGGCCAUAUUGAAAAUUCUGAGAUAGAAUAGAAGUUAUGCCAUGCUUUAUUUUAUAUUUACAACUUAAAUUGAACUUUUUUAUGACAAAGACUUACUACAGAUUUAUUUUUAAAAAAAUCAACCAACUUGUAUACAAUAUGUAUAUAAUAUUGCACCCUACAUACGCUAUUUAAGAAUAAUAGAUAUUUUUUUAUGUUACUCGUGACAGUUGUAUUUGGGGUCCUGUUGCCAGUAUUAUUCGUUUAUUCUAUGCAUUGAAAGUGCUAUAAUUAUGUUUUCUUUUCAUGACUUUUGUACUUUUAUAAGUUAAUAAAAAUAAAAGCAUAUUAUACUA